AUGUUUGCACGAAAAUCACAUAGUAGAAAAAAGGUGACAAGUAAAAUGGCAGGUGAAAUUCCAUUAGAUAGUAGUUUAACACCAAUGGAUUGGCUACCAAAAAUACAAAUAGGAGAAAAUCCUGUAUCAUCAUCAUCAAUAAUACCUUCUACACAAUUAUUACCAGAUUCAUCGUCAUCAUCGUCAUUACCGAUAAGUUUAUUAACAACAAAUAUUCAACAUAAAAUAGAAGCGGCAGACAUUGAAUUACCAACAUCAACAGUUCAUACAAAACCUCCAUAUAGUUAUGUAACAUUAAUUCGACAAGCGAUAUUAGGUGCUAGUAUGCAAAGAAUGACAUUGAAUGAAAUCUAUCAAUGGAUUCUGGAUACAUAUCCAUAUUUUCGUACAGCAUCACCAAAAUGGAAGAAUUCAAUUCGACAUAAUUUAUCAUUGAAUAAAUGUUUUAAAAGACUUCAAAGGAGUUCAAAUGAUCCUGGCAAAGGUUCAUAUUGGGCAGUUGAUGAAUCAAAUGAUGAUUAUUAUCAAUCAAAUUCACGUAGACGAAAAUUUAAUCCAAUGGAAUCAUCAUUGCCUAUAUUACCCUCAUCACCUAAUAAUAGAAAUCAACAAUCAACUAUGUUUUAUUCAAAUAAUAAUCCAAUGUUUUGUGGUGAUGUUAGUAGUGUUGGUGAACAAUCAUCAUCAGCUGAUGAAUCAGAUUCGACUAUGUCUUUUGGAACCAAUUCUACUUUAAUACAAUGGGAUGAUUUAAAUAUUGUUGAUUUAACUGCGUCUUUUCAUCGAUUUCGUGAGCAAGUUUUAGAUGCUCCGCCUUCAGCAUGGAUGACACCAUCAGACACACAAUCGACAAGUAGUCCUAUUACAAAUUCUUCAAAUUAUAAUCUAUUUCCACAUGGUGAAACAAACAGUUUUUUUGAAAGUAUGAAAUUAACAUCGCAUAAUGAAAUCAAUUGGAAUGAUGUAGACGUUAAACCGUAUUGUGAAUUUAGUAAUGCUUUUCGAACAAAUUCAUCAUUUCAACAACAAGAUCGAGAUAAAUUAGCAAAUUUACCUACAUCACUUUAUGAUUAUACGGGUAUUAAUAAUUUCGCACAACAUAAAAUUGCAAAUGAAUCAAUAAUAACAAAUCGAUUGCCAAUUACAUCAAAUCGAGCAAUAUCAAACAUAAUUGACCAUCAUACUACUCUUCCAAUUGUACUUGACGGCGAGGAUUUUGAUUGGGAUUCAAUUACAUAA